AUGGCAUUCUGUCUCUCGCCGACGCUCCUCCACUGGCACUAUAAGACGUGGCAGCGGAACACUGCUGGCUACCUUCGAACUUUCAUGCGCAACAAGCUGCCAAACAAUGAGAUGAUUGGAUACGUCAUCAACGACAAGCACCCAAAGUCGAUCCGAGUUGCCUGUGACAGGUUCAUGUACGUCAUGCGCUACAAGAAGACGUUCCGGUACACUAAGAAAGUCUGGGCGCACGACGAGGAAAACGAAGCGAAACUGGGUGACGUGGUCAGGAUACAACCACUCGGUUAUCGGAUAGGUCCGUGGAAAAACUAUCUUCUGGUUCGUGUUCUCCACAAGGAACCUCGAGACUAG